UAAUGUCAUACAUUGGAAUCAAUACAUCUGGUGGGAUAAACCCUUGUAUCACUUUUUAUGAGAGAAUGCAAGCUUGUAUCAACAAAGAAAAUUUGCCAAAUAAAAUGUGUGCAAUCGAAGGACUAGACUUCUUGGAAUGUGUAAAUCGAAGAAAAUAAGUAAUGUAAAAUUGAAUUAUUUUAGUAUGCACUUAAUUAUAAAAUCUAAUAAGAAUUACACAAGAAUAGAAUAUUAGUAUUACCAACUUAUGAUGUCGAAAAUGAUAGAUUUGUAUCAAAAUAUUAAAAUGCAACAGAGGUGUUUUAAUAAAAACAUUGAA